AUGCUUCCAUUACAAGACCGUGAAGGCUCGAAGGAUCUCAAUGUGAGAUUUUCCAAACGCGCUCCCAGAGCAUGUGAGAACUGUUCCAAACGGAAGGUCAAGUGCGAUAAGAAGAUACCGUGUCAAACCUGUGUCAGCAGGGGAUUGAGUCACUCGUGUGGCAGAGAAAUGGUCAUUGUGAGAAACAUACUGUUGAACUAUCCUGGUUCCAAAAGUCUAGAGGAGGAGAACAUGGUAUUGAAGCAAAAGCUGGAAAAACAAAAGGCGGAGAUUUUUCACUUGAAGAGGUCACUAGAGAGCUUGGGAAGAAUCCCCGACAUUGUGGAAUAUUUGAGACCAGGUGUCCAGAAUGGAACGUCAGAGUCCAACUCGUAUCAUAUUUCCAAAGAAGUGGAGGCUUACGACUUUGAGAUCCAAUACGUUUCUAGAGGUCUGUCAUCCCAGGCCUCAGACGUUGGCCAUAAGGGAAACUCGAGUGAUGGUAUUGUCAGCGAGUCCUCGUUAAUUCAAAGUCUGCAGUCAAUCGACAAGUGGCAGCUGGACAAACUUCCGGAGCCGGUGGACAGAAAGACGUACAUGUUUUACUCAACUGUUUGGAGAGCUCAUAAGAAACGCAUAUACCAGUUUCUACGAGGUAUCUCGCGAGAAACGUGUUUUGCCAUUGCAGAGUUUAGUCUGAAGUAUUUGAACUCUUUCCAUGGUGCAGUGAUACCUCAGUUGUUCUUAAAGGAACUGGACUGUUUUUGGCAGCAGAAUGAACAUAUGAACGUGUUUGAAGACGAGUACCCCGAAGAUGAUAAGUUUCAAGGAUUGAUACAGCAAAGACUCACGUGGCUCUCGCUUCUUUAUUCUAUUCUGGCGAAUGGGUUUUUUUUAGUUCCAGACGAAAUUAUGCAGAGACAAGGGUUAUCUUGGGAAUUAAAGAGAGAGUAUGGCCAAUUGUGUUUCAUAUCAGGCCUCGAAUGUCUUCAAAGAACAGACUAUUUCGAAUGUCCUAGUCUCAAUACUCUUCAAGCAUUUGGUGUGAUGAACACAUGUUUUCACGCUUUCGGAAACGUUCGUUUGCUCCAUUCGCUUCUGGACUUCGUGAUCAUGGCUGCUCGCAAACUGGGUCUGGAUGAAUUGACCAGAAAGAAGUUUGAUGAAAGCAAAACUAUGACUCUGUCGGAUUUCGAGCUUGGAAAGAGAUUAUGGUGGAAUUUGGUGUCUGUGGAUGCGUUUGAAGAAUAUGGGAGAGUAUCGUCUAUUCGUUUAAACAGCUUCUCCACUGACAUUCCAGCUCGAUAUCCAACUUUCCUACUUCCUCCUGACCCGUCUCAGAUUUCCGAGCUUCCAGAAGACCGGUUUGACGAGGUAUCGUACCAGCUAUUCAUCAUCAAAGCAACCAAAAUCCGGAAGAUGAUUUUCGAUUCAGAAGUUGCUGGGAACCAGAAAGAGCGCCUAAUUCAGGCGGACAUAGAGCUACGCAAACUUCUAGUAACAAUGGAAGACGUUUUCAGAAAAAAUGACAGUCUCCACAGCCCAGAGGAUGCUUAUUGGCUACAGAAAACUCUUCUGCUCAACCAUACUUGCGAUCAUAUCACAUUGAUAAACAAAAAACUGGCUUCCUGGGUACCAAAGAGCGAAUGGAUGCGUUCCCAUAGAGACGUCUGCGUGAAGCAUUCAAAGCAAAUACUGAGCUUGUUUCUGGAGGCCAACCUUCCAGGCUCAUUUUACAACUUUUGGCUGUUUCCUCAUAAUGUUGUGACUUCGUCGUCGUUCUUGGUGGUGGAUAUUCUGAUCAAUAUCAAUCUGCAGAAAGAAGACGAGAGAUUGCUAUUGGUGCUUCAAAGUAUCACUAAGCUUGAGAAAUUAAAUCCACCUUACAACGGACUGAAGAAAGGCAUUGCCAUGAUAAAAGACCUGAUUGGGUGCAUUUGGUCUUUUUCACCUGGCUCAUAUGACAAGAAAGUGCUGUUUAAAGGGUUGACCUUCUCGGAGAUCGAGCACCAUCUUCGGACCGGUGAGCUUCCAGAGAGGUUAAUGAACGAUUCUGGAUCAGAGACAGUCAAAGAUGCUCCAUUUUCGCUAACAAGUGACCAAAAUGUUCAAGUGGCUGAAUACUUUUCCAACGCUACUAAUUUUUCAUCUUGUUUGUUCGAUUUUCCCGAACUGGGAACUGAAGAAAAUAACGAGAUUGCCAGUUUGCUGCGUAAUCCCAAAUGGGAUGAUUCUCUUAACUGGCUCCAACAGAAUAAGCCAGUAUAA